AUGGGAUACUACUCGCAAUUUCAAAAUCUGGAAAUAAAAUCAAAUGAAGACUGUUGGCUAGACGAAGUAAACAGCAGAAAUUCUUCUGCCUGUUCAAUGUCUACUCCAUUGAUGUCAUAUUUACCACAAAAACGAUCCAGAGGCUUACGGAUAUACUCUCUUGGAUCAAUUAGCUCACUUGGAGAGCAAGUUAAUGGUAAUUUUAAAUUGACCAGUUCGCGUUCUAUUUCUAGAGGCUUUUGCUUCAAAAAAGCAGGAAAGACUGAGUUUCAAGCAUCAGACCUGAUCUGCCUUCCGAAUGUGAGAGAGUUGUUGCGGAAUUGUGCGAACAAUGACAUCAAAAGGUGCAAACCCCCCUUCAACGCUUUUGUGGAUCCCAGAAUUGUCAAUCUGUGUUCCAAUAACACCGUUUGCGGUGUUUCUAACCACAUGUUGAAUGAACCAUUUCCUCAAUGGGAGAUUCCCCGGCUUUUACCCAAAGAAUUGGAACUGGAGAAUCGGCAUGAAAUUCUCAAGCCUCCAUUUUCAAGAGAAGCGACGCCUGAAUCACCAGAUGACACCAAUCAUUUCGACUUGAGCGGCGGUAUGACUACUCAAACACGAUCUGUAUUCGCCGAACUACAAGAAAGGGAUAAUUUGACCAGAGAGUAUAGAAUUGCAGCUGAAUCUACAAACAUUCUGGCUCAAUCGAUUUCGUCAGAAGUUGUUCCUUCGAAUUUUAAGAGUUUAGAUUGUGAGCCGCUUUCAAAACGCCGGAAAACAGCCAAACUAGUUUCUUCACGUGGUAAACAAGAGAACUCGUUAAUACUCUCAAAUGCUCCUCAUAUAGGCACAAAGGGACUUUUAAUUAACAAAGCCAAGUUGACCCCCACGACAGAUGCAUACAAACGGGCCUUGAUAGUGCUUCUGGACCAAAGCGAAUGCACUCUACAAAGAGUCCGCCACGAAAGAGUCUCACUUGAUGGAUUGAAGAGCCUUUACAAAAACUAUGUCUUUGAACGGAAUCCCCUGUUUGGGCUUAGAAAUCCUUACCAACAAGAAUUCACCCGGAUUGAGCUCUGUCCAAUUACUAAGGAGAAGAUAGGAUCUUCCAGAUGCGCCUUGUGUCUUUAUUGUCGGGACAUUCUCUUUUUUGAACUCAAGAAUUCAAAUUACUCUCAACAUAUGUGCCAUAAUCAUGGUAUUUAUCCAGACAAUUACCUCACACCAGAGCCACUCUUACUAGGCAAGUACUUUGUUCAGAAAGCACAGAACGAGAAGAGAAAAACCGCGCUGAGAAAACGCGAACGCGAGGGAGUCGUUUGUCCGGUUUGUUACGAGGUCGUUGAGGUUCGGUGUUGGUCCACAAAAGUCGAGAAAAAUCCAUUUUCCAAUUACUUACGACACUUCAAACUGAAACACCGUUCUCGUACCACGGCUCUGCUCUUUUUCAAUUUGCACGCGUAG